GUUCGAAUCUGCGAGAUGAGAAAAGCGCGUCGACCAGCACACGAUCCGCCUGCUCGUGCCCUAGGCGGCGGGACACUCGAGGGCCAGCCGAGUCAAGGAGGGGCCGCGCGGGGCAUUCACGCUCAAAGUUCCUGGUGGCCGCAACCCAAGCACACGGACGAGAUGUGGCGGUGCGUUGUGUUGGCGGCGUUGCUGGCGUCAGCGGGCGUGCCCCGGGCUAUCGCAUAUGGUGUCCGGGUAAACCCUGCGCCCCUUCUCACGCCUGAGCGGCUCCGUGCACAGGCGUUCCAGCCACAGCCGGUCGUGUCCUUCAGCGCCCAGCCGGUGGUCCAACAACAGCAGCAGCAGCAGCAGCAGCAGCAACAACAACAACAACAGGCUGUCCUGCCGCCCCAGCCUGGCACGCCUCCCGGAGGCCCGCUGCCCUGCCUUUCUGGUACAGACACGUUGGUCGACGCAACCUUCCGUGGCCGCGAGUACCACUUCUCUUGGUGCAGGCAGCCCGACGAAAAGUACAAUUUUCAGGACGCCCUCAGCUACUGCGAGUCGCUGCCCCGCGGCGGCCACCGCGUCAGCUUCUACGCAGUCAGCAUAGAGGACCAGGACGAAGACCGCUUCAUCAGCAACAGCAUCCGUCAAUACCUCGUCCCCUUCAUCUGGACCAGCGGCCGCAAGGUCGGUCCUAACAUAUGGAUGUGGCAGUCCGGGAUCCCCUCCUCCUAUAGUAACUGGUCCCACACUGGCGGGUCUGGCCGGCCACAACCUGAUGACAACCUGGGUGGCGAGGACUGCCUCUCCAUCUUGAACAACUUUUACCACGACGGCAUCCGUUGGCACGACGUUCCCUGCGACCUCGACAAGUACGUGGUCUGCGAGCGCCCUCGACUAUAACGGGCGCGGGCGGCGAUCACGACGCUCCCGGACGCCAGGGUGUGGCAUUGAAAAAUAUAACUGCUACUUAACUAUGUUAACUACUAUCUUAUGCUGAUUCUAAUAAAGCAAUCGUGCGUGUGAA